AUGAACAAUCACUUGGACGCAUUGAUCAAGCAAGUUGAGGCAAAAUUACGAGAACCUCUUGCUUCCAAUAUCGAUAAAUGGAAAAAUCACCUAUCGGACCUCAUCAAUCAGAUUGCCGAAGUAAAGUUGGAUUCUGCAGCUGUCGUUAAUGGAUUCCAUGUCGUUGAUGAAUCUCUCGAUCCGACCGAUUGGACAUCAGCUCGAUGUGUGGCACAUACGAUGCUCGAUGCGUCGCUUGACUUUGUUCAAACAGUUCGUGAACGACCCGUUUGGCAACCGAUUCCCGAUCGUGUCCGUUCGACACUCGAACGCGAAUCACUACCUCAACAUGGCCAAUCGAUGAGUGACGUAUGCGAUCAAAUACUCGUCAAUAUUCUGCCGUAUUCCACCGGUAAUGUUCAUCCACGCUUCUGGGCAUGGGUGCACGGUGCAGGUACAAUCGGUGGUGUUAUUGGAGAGAUGAUGGCAGCAACGAUGAAUUCGAAUGCAGGCUUUCUCAGUCACAGUGCUGUGCUCGUCGAACGAACAGUUCUCGGCUGGAUGGGUCAAAUGUUCGGUUUUCCGGCGGACACUGUAGGUGGUAUUAUCGUGAGCGGUACAUCGAUGGCGACCCUCAUCUGCAUGGCAGUAGCUCACAAUCGGGCAUUGGCCAAUGUGAGAGAAACUGGACUAGUGGGCGGACCAAGACUUGUUGCAUAUGCAUCGAGUGAGACUCACAUGUGCGUUGUUAAGGCACUUGAAUUGAUCGGCGUCGGGUCGGCAGCAUUACGGCUCGUGCCUGUAGAUGAACAAUUUCGAAUGAACAUUGAUGAACUCAAAAAGACUAUUCGAGAAGAUCGAAACAACGGCCUGACGCCAUUUUGUAUUGUCGGCAAUGCAGGGACGGUAAGCACGGGGGCUUUCGAUGAUCUUGGUCAGUUGGCAUCGAUUGCACGGUGUGAAGGUGUUUGGUUUCAUGUUGACGGAGCCUUUGGCAGUUUGAUUGUGCUCGAUCCUAAACGUCGUUCACUCGCCACCGGACUCGAGCAGGCCGAUUCGGUUGCGUUCGACUUUCACAAAUGGCUCCAUUGUUCGUAUGAUGCCGGCUGUGCACUAGUACGCGACCGUACUGAACUUCAUGCGACAUUUUCAACUCGUCGCCACUAUCUAGCUGCUACUCAGCGUGGAUGUGCCGGUGAAAAUCCUUGGUUUUGUGAAUUGGGACCCGAACUAUCGCGUUCGUUUCGCGCACUCAAAGUGUGGUUCACACUCAAAGAACAUGGUCUACUCAAAUUAGGUCAAAAAAUAGCCGAUAAUUGUGAGCAAGCGCAGUAUUUGGGAACACUCUUAGCUCAAUACUCGUCUUUCAUUCGUGUAGUGACACCUAUCUCACUGAAUGUUGUCAAUUUUCGAUUGGAACCCGAUGAUCUUUUGCAUCAGAUGGAUUCACCUGAAAUAAUCGAUGUGUUCAACAAUGAAAUUGCUGCUGACAUGCAAGAAUCAGGCAUUGCAUUGCCAUCGACAGCAUGCAUUCGAGAAAGACUCUACAUACGAGUAGCAAUCACCAAUCAUCGUAGUACACUGACUGAUUUUGACAUUUUUGUAAAAGCCAUUUUGGAUCGAUGUCGAGAUCGACUUGCGAAAAUUAAAGAAUAG